AUGUCUAUCCCUCAUACAAAGCGUAUUUGCCAGAUUAUUAAGUUGAAACCGGAAGCAGAGGCAGAGUACAAGACCCUGCACGCAGCGGCAUGGCCAGGUGUCCUCGCGGCCCUCACCCAGCACCACAUUGCGGACUAUUCGAUACAUUACUAUUCCCCUCUGCAUUUGCUCAUCGCCAACUUUAAAUACACGGGCACCGAUUUUGAAGGGGACAUGCAGCAGAUCGCAGAAGAUCAGGAGACUCGUAGGUGGUGGGCGUUGACGGAUGGAAUGCAGGAGAGCUUCGUGGAAGGUGCGCAGGGAAGUGGCGGGAAGGUUUCCUGGUGGCUGGAUCUUGAGGAAGUAUUCAGACUUGAAGGACAAACUUGA